UAAUACCCCCUUCUCUUCCCAUCAUUUUCAAAAUCUAUAAAAUGCACUUGCAUUUCCAUUCCAUUCACCUCAAUCCACCCAUCAAACCCACACACCUCACCUUGUAACAAAACAUUCCAUCUCUCAAAACAAUCAUUAAAGUAACAACUGUCCACAAGCAAAAACUAGAAGCCGUUUUCCAUUCACUUUUUCUCUCUUAUAAAUCUCAAACCAUCAAACAAAAGUUAAGGCAACAAAAAACUCUACCAUUAUUCAAUUAUUCAAGAGUUUUUAUGAUGGAGAGUUUAACAAUGAGAAAAGAUUUUCACAUGCUUGGGUUGAUAUUGUUAUUGUGUUUGUGGGUUUGUGGUAUUACAGCCUCAGUGACUUAUGAUCACAAAGCCAUUGUAAUUGAUGGACAGAGAAGAAUUUUGAUCUCUGGCUCCAUCCACUAUCCAAGAAGCACACCCGAGAUGUGGCCAGACUUAUUUCAAAAGGCCAAAGAUGGAGGCCUUGAUGUUAUUCAAACCUAUGUAUUUUGGAAUGGACAUGAGCCUUCUCCAGGAAAUUAUUACUUCGAAGAUAGAUUUGACUUGGUAAAGUUUAUCAAGCUAGCACAACAAGCUGGCCUUUAUGUUCACUUGCGUAUUGGUCCCUACGUUUGUGCUGAAUGGAACUUUGGAGGAUUUCCUGUUUGGCUAAAGUAUGUUCCCGGCAUUGCUUUUAGAACAGACAAUGAGCCAUUUAAGGCCGCAAUGCAAAAAUUCACCACUAAGAUUGUGAGCAUGAUGAAAGCAGAAAAUUUGUUUCAAACUCAAGGUGGUCCAAUAAUUAUGUCUCAGAUUGAGAAUGAGUAUGGACCAGUGGAAUGGGAAAUUGGUGCUCCUGGAAAGGCUUACACAAAAUGGGCUGCUCAAAUGGCUGUAGGUCUAGACACUGGUGUACCUUGGGACAUGUGCAAGCAAGAAGAUGCCCCUGAUCCCGUUAUUGACACUUGCAAUGGAUAUUAUUGUGAAAACUUCACUCCCAAUGAGAACAAUAAACCCAAAUUGUGGACAGAAAAUUGGUCUGGCUGGUACACUGAUUUUGGUAGUGCUAUAUCUCAUAGACCAACUGAAGAUUUAGCAUACUCAGUUGCUAGAUUCAUACAAAAUCGUGGCUCCUUUGUUAACUACUAUAUGUACCAUGGAGGAACUAAUUUUGGUAGAACAUCUAGUGGCCUUUUCAUUGCAACAAGCUAUGACUAUGAUGCUCCUCUUGAUGAAUAUGGACUUCCAAAUGAACCAAAAUGGGGACAUUUGAAAGAGUUACAUAAAGCAAUAAAGCAAUGUGAGCCAGCUUUGCUGUCUGUGGAUCCAACAGUCACAAAUCUUGGAAGUAAAAACCUUGAGGCACAUGUGUACUACACAAAUUCUAGUGUAUGUGCUGCAUUCCUUGCAAAUUACGACACAAAAUCCGCGGCAACGGUUACAUUUUGGAAUGGCCAAUAUGACCUUCCACCUUGGUCUGUCAGCAUUCUUCCUGAUUGCAAAACUGAUGUUUUCAACACCGCAAGGGUUGGUGGACAUAGUUUCCACAGAAGGAUGACUCCCACGAGCGUUUCAUUUGAUUGGCAGUCAUAUAAUGAAGAGCCUGCCUACUCCAGCGAAGAUGAUUCCAUCAUAGCAAAUGCACUUUGGGAGCAGAUAAACGUUACUCGCGAUUCUUCAGAUUAUUUGUGGUAUUUGACAGAUGUCAUCAUUAGUCCUAAUGAAGGUUUUAUAAAGAAUGGUCAAUCUCCUACUCUUACCAUAAAUUCAGCAGGUCAUGUCCUACAUGUUUUUGUUAAUGGUCAACUUUCAGGAACUGUGUAUGGAGGAUUAGAUAAUCCUAAAUUAACAUUUAGUGCUAGUGUGAACCUAAAGGUUGGAAAUAACAAGAUUUCUUUACUUAGCGUCGCCGUUGGUCUACCGAAUGUUGGCUUGCACUUUGAAACAUGGAAUGUUGGAGUGUUAGGUCCAGUAACAUUGAAGGGUCUAAAUGAGGGGACAAGAGACUUGUCUUGGCAAAAAUGGUCUUACAAGGUUGGACUAAAAGGUGAAUCCUUGAGCCUUCAUACCAUAACAGGAAGUUCCUCUGUUGAGUGGACACAAGGAUCAUUAUUAGCUAAAAAACAACCUUUGACAUGGUACAAGACAACCUUUAGCGCGCCGAGCGGCAACGAACCGGUGGCUCUUGAUUUGAGUAGCAUGGGAAAGGGUGAAAUAUGGAUAAAUGAUCAAAGCAUUGGUCGUCAUUGGCCGGGAUAUAUAGCACAUGGUAAUUGUGGUGAAUGUGACUAUGCUGGAACUUUUACUAAUCCAAAAUGCAGAACAAAUUGUGGAGAACCUACACAAAAAUGGUAUCAUAUUCCUCGGUCGUGGCUGAGUUCAAGUGGAAAUGUUUUGGUUGUGUUUGAAGAAUGGGGAGGUGACCCUACUGGAAUUUCAUUGGUGAAAAGAACAUGAAAUGUGCUCAUUUGAUUAUAUCAAAUUAAUAUGGUUUAAAUUCUAUUAUAAAUUAAGUGUGUAAAGUGUUUUAUAUUCAACAUUGAUGCUCCAUCUUUUAUGGUAGUUCAAGUUUACACCAAAAGAUUGAAUGCAGAGAUGUUGUAUAAUGUAUACUACUACUACUACUACCAUACAUAGCCAAGCUAUUUUGGUGAAUAUUGUGACAGGAGAUUGAGCACUAUUGCUCCAUUUUGCUAUAAAUAAA